AUGAAAAAAAAUCCCAUGACUGGUUUUCAUUUGAUUGCAUUCCUAAUAUUUUCCGCUUCGGCUUACUGCGAAAAUUUUGAUGAAGAGCUUCUCAUCAAAGAUCUUGGUCAUGGAUAUACAGCAUUCCAUUUUAAUUUCGCUGCUACAACUUCAGAAUCUGUUUUCCAAUCAAAGCACUAUAACAUUCUUCCGAAAUCUAUCAUCCAAAUCUUUGAAAAAUAUAAUGUUGAUGAGUUUCACCUUUCUAUCUCAAGAGGAAUAUGGGAUGAACGUUGGGGUAGUAACUUUGUUUCAGUUUCCCCUUCUGGAGCUGAACUAUGGGCGUGGUUUGGAAAUCAAACUAUCAGUGUUGAUCAAUCAUGGUUUAAAUUAACACAUGCCCUUUCGGGAUUAUUCUGUGCUUCUUUAAACCGACUAUCUACAAGUGAACAUUUUGCCUCUCCGAUUCACUCGUACAAGCGAUUCGGAGUACCGAGAUUCAGUAAAGUUUCUGGGGAAGUCAGAUAUUCUCAGCUACCUGGUGAGGCUCUGUGCAGUGAGAAUUUGACUCCAUGGACUAAGUACUUACCAUGUAAAUCGUUUUUCGGUUUGGGAAGCUUGUUGCGUCCAACUUCACUGUUUAAAUCAAAUUACAACACCAUGACCAUUGGAAUUAGACGAGUGUGUUUGGAUUUAAAAUGUCACACAAUCGGGCUAGAGAUAAUGGAAACACUAACGGUUGUCUUUGACAGAAGUUUGUUGUUUGCAAAAAGAACGUCUCCUUGGUCUAUCAGAAGUAUCCUUGGUUCGGAGUUCAAAGGAUUUUGCGAUGUGGCAAACUCUAGUCGUGUGUUUAUCCUUACUUCAUAUGAGGAUAUGAAUCUCCCUUUAGACAAUAAACUGAAUGUCGACUGUUCAGAUAAUCGUGUUCUAGCUACAUAUUCGACAAAAGAUCUCUCUGCAUCAUUUACAUCUUUUCCUUUCAAAACUGAUGGAAAAGAGUCUUCACAGCAUUCACCUAUUGUUUCUGCUACCAAACAUAUCACCGGCUCUGGAAGUGUAAGGGGUGGAGUCAAAGCUUUCCUUACUAGUAGAGCUAAUUUCAAUCUAGAGAUAGUUUAUUUUGAUCUAAUUCCGUGGUACACACAAGUCUUUUUCAGUUCCUUAAAAAUCUACAGUUUAGAUCCCAAAACGCAAAACAAGACAAUGAUUACCCCAAGAUGGUUGGCAGUUAAACCAAGUUUGGCUAGGAAACGUAUGGGCAGUGUUGAAUUAGUAAUCACCUUGCCUGCUCUUAAUCAGCUAAUCAUUACUUAUGAGUUUCGGAAAGUUUUACAACGCUGGAAUGAGUAUCCUCCGGACGCCAAUCACGGCUUUUUCCUUCCUGCAGCAACUGUUUCGUACGUUUUAAAUAGUGAACAAAUAGACUACUUAAACAAAACAAAACAUGCAGCGUUCCACAAUCUAAAUCUUCCGAAUUGGGCCAGUAGUUACAGUCAGUUUUUCAAUACAACUCAUUCUGCGCCACAGGAUCGUUUUGUUCGUCUACACACUCCCGUAUCUCUGGUCACAAUGCCAACACCAGAUUUUAUGAACUCUUUUUUGGGUUAUGGUCACUAUACCUGGAAGUGUGCAGAAGCCUUGUCUGAUUUUUUGGUAAAGUAUCCUGAAAAAGUCAGAGGGCUUCGAGUUCUCGAACUUGGUGCUGGCACAGGACUUUGUGGAAUUACUGCAGCUCUUCUCGGUGCUCUUCAUGUUCGAUUCACUGAUAAAGAUUUGACAUGUUCGGAUACACUACAUCUUAAUGCUCAGCUGAAUGGAAUCAAAAAUUAUGAUUUUACUCCAUUAGAUUGGAAUUAUCCUCUCGAUUGGUCAGGUGGGUUCUUCGAUAUCAUUUUAGCAUCUGAUUGUUUGUAUGAUAAGGAAGUAUAUGAACCGUUUUUGAAGACUGCAACUUUACAACUAAGAGUAAACAACAAUGCAUCUUUACUUCUUUCUUUUGAAAAUCGAAGGUAA